AUGUCGGCGUGGCAUGUGGUCAACCGAGAGACGACGUCAACCUUAUCGAAUACUCGCGACAGUGACGAUUAUAUCAAGACGAAAAACAGUUCGCUCGGACUGAUGUUACUGCGCAUGGACGCCGACUUUCAUCAUAUGAGCGAAGCUCAGCAGCAUCGGCGCCAAGAUGGAGGACGAGGACGUAGCGAUCUUCUUUUGAAGCAAUCUCCACAAGAGCUACGAGCACGUCGUUCUCAACUUGUAGAUGAGCAGCGCAAACUGCAACUGCGCGACGCUGUCAACGUGUUGACGAACGAUCACAUCAAGCGUCAAGGUGUUAAGUCUGCGGCGGUGAAGACUGAAGAAGUGACCAAGGCCUUCAGUACCGAGCGCGAGGUUCGUCGAUGCUCGUUCUGCGUAAAUUGGGGAAAAGCGGAACGUUGCUGGACCAAGCAGAAGGAAGAAAAUUGGGGAGCUCGACGCGGUAGCAAUGCUCCUGGACGCGGAGUGAAUCAAGUCCAGUGGCAAGGAUACCACAGCAACAACAACUGCGACUACGAUCGAGUAGUGUUUGCUGUUUCACUGGAAUGCGUAAUUUCAGCGAUCAAGAAUACGUCUGGGAUACGGGCGAAUAGCAGCGGUGCGACGCAACACAUCUGCCAUGACAAGAACAAGUUCAAAUUUCCGGACGAGCGCAAUGAAGGCAAAGCGUUGGUCGUAGAUGGGAACAAGGCAAGGUCCCGCAAAACGGUGAAGAGCGCAAGAUCAAGAACGCGCUUUGCGUCCCAAGAAUGA